CUCCUCUCCCACCCACGCUACACUCCGGUUGGUCCCCAGUGAAUGUGUGCUGAGGCUUCUCCAAGCCUCCCAUACCCUCUGUUCUUUCCAUCUCCUUACUGAGCGCUCGGGCUCUGUGCUUCCUCUCGGCCCAUCUCACUUCCUGAAACACCCCUGAAGAGAGCUGUUAUCUUGAUGGAGCUUCAGUAGCCCUCAGGAGGCAGGGGAAGGCGGGGGCCGCGUGCACAUCUAUCUGGGGGAAGCAAGACCAUUAACACUUUCAGAUUCAGCCCGCAGAGAACUGUCCUCCAGGCUUCCGGGCACCCAUCCCAGAACCCACAUCCCGGGACCUGCAGAGGGGCUGGAAGUGAUUGCCCCGUGAUGGGCCCUCUGUAAGGAGAGGGGGUCCUCCAGGAGAGCGCCCCACCAGAGAAGAGACGGAAUGGACGCACUGUGAGUUUCAGACUGCUGCUGCUGCACCUGGACCUCUGGCAGCAGCGGGACUCACCGGCCCAGCCGGACCCUCCUUGCAUGCCUGGCCCCUUGGAGGCUCCUCUGGGAAACCAAGAUGCCUAUGAAUGGCACGGCCGUGUUGCUGGCCAACUACAUGUACAUCAUCAUGGAGAUUGGCAUUGGGCUCUGUGCCGUCGUGGGCAACGUGAUGGUUAUCUGGGUGGUCAAGCUGAACCCCAGUCUGCAGACCACCACCUUCUAUUUCAUUGUCUCCCUGGCCCUGGCCGACAUAGCUGUUGGGCUGCUGGUCAUGCCUCUGGCCGUCGUCAUCAGCCUGAGCAUCACGAUCCACUUCUACAGCUGCCUUCUCAUGACCUGCCUGCUGUUGAUCUUCACUCACGCCUCCAUCAUGUCCUUGCUGGCCAUCGCUGUGGACCGGUACCUGCGGGUCAAGCUCACGGUCAGAUACAGGAGGAUCACCACUCAAAGAAGAAUAUGGCUUGCCCUGGGCCUUUGCUGGUUGCUGUCCUUGCUGGUGGGACUGACCCCCAUGUUCGGCUGGAACACGAAAAUGACCUCCACGUACUACAGAAAUGUGACCCUCCUCCCUUGCCAAUUCCGUGCCGUCAUGAGGAUGGACUACAUGGUCUACUUCAGCUUCUUCACUUGGAUUUUCAUCCCCCUGAUCAUCAUGUGCGUCAUCUACAUUGACAUCUUCUGUGUCAUCCGGAACAAACUCAGUCAGACCAGCUCCAAAGAGACAGGUGCGUUUUAUGGACGGGAGUUCAAGACAGCCAAGUCUCUGUUUCUGGUUCUCUUCUUAUUUGCCUUGUCCUGGCUGCCUUUAUCCAUCAUCAACUGUAUCAUCUACUUUAACGGCGAGGUGCCACAAGUUGUGCUGAACUUGGGCAUCCUGCUGUCCCACGCCAACUCCAUGAUGAACCCGAUCGUCUACGCUUACAAAAUAAAAAAGUUCAAGGAAACCUAUCUCUUGAUCCUCAAAGCCUGUAUGAUCUGCCAGCCCUCUGAUUCCUUGAACCCAAAAAUCGAACCGAUUUCUGAGUAGGAAUCCAUGGACAACAACUUGUCCGUCCCAUUGACCUUCAGAUGCAACACACCCUUGAGGGCCUAUCAACCUGGGCCGAGGGCUCUCACAUCCUCGAUUCCUCCCCCUGACGUGGGGAGCGUUUGGCCCGUUGCCUUCAAUUGUACCUCUUCUGUUACAACCCUCUUCCUCUAAUUCAAUUGUUUUGGUCUUACCCUUCUUUCCUGAUUCAAUUUUCCGGAUGCCUGAUGUGAGGACAAUGUUCUAUUGUGCCUGCCGGUGCUCCUCCUUGGCAAACUGGAGAAGUCAUGGACUCUGAAGGCGGUCUCAUUGACUUACUGAAAAAGGGCCCCAUUUGGGCCGGACAAGUUUUUGAUGGUGAUUCAGUUCCAUUCCAUGGUGGAACGAAGCAAAGAACCGUACUCUCAACAGAAGGAGUGAACUGAGUGA